AUGGCCUCCCUCAGCUCUGCGUACCGUGCCAUCGGCACCUACGUCCAAGGCCACGGAGAGCCCUGCUUCGAGGGUGACCGGCGGCAUGGCCACUUCGGGGCACGGGCACAUGAGGCCUUCGGGUACCCAGGGUCUCCGGGCACCAUGUGUCCCUGCAGCUUGGGCACCUGGGUGCACGCUCAAGGUGACACCUACCAGGUGGUGGCUGACGUCAGCCAGUUUGAACCUCCUGACAUCGUGGUGACAACCUCCAACUGCCAUGUUGCCAUUCAGGCUGAGAAGGUGGCCGAGGAUGGCACCGUCUGUGACACCUUCACCCACAAGUGCCAGCUGCCCGAGGACAUGGACCCGCUGUCGGUGAGCUGUGCCCUGACGGAGACCGGCACGCUGGUCAUCACCGCCCGGCGCCGCCCCGGUGCCCGUCCCGGCGAGCCCCCGCAGCCACGGUACCGCAGCGAGGCCACCUUGUGA